GCGAUCGCACCGGCCUCGACACCGACAUCACCAACAUCGACAUCAACGACUGCAACAGCAGCAGCAGCAGCAGCAGCCGCUAGAACCGCCCGCUCAUCUCCGUCCGCCGUACCCGCCCCCGCACUCACACUCGUCGCAGCCAUGAUCCACAUCCGCCAAGCUACCUCCGACGACCUGUUCGCGAUGCAGAACUGCAACCUGAUGAACCUGCCGGAGAACUACGUGAUGAAGUAUUACAUCUACCAUGCCCUGUCGUGGCCCCAGCUUUCCUAUGUCGCCGAGGACCACAAGGGCCGGAUCGUUGGCUAUGUUCUGGCAAAGAUGGAUGAUGAGCCCACCGAUGCCUCCAGUCCUCCCCACGGCCACAUCACCUCGCUGUCGGUGAUGCGAACCUGGCGCCGUCUCGGUAUCGCCGAGAAGCUCAUGACACAAUCCCAGAAUGCCAUGGUCGAGUGCUACAAUGCCAAAUACGUUUCGCUACAUGUCCGCAAAUCGAACCGAGCUGCCCUCCAUCUCUAUCGGGACACUCUCAAGUUCAGCGUCAGCGAGGUGGAGACCGGAUACUACGCCGACGGAGAGGACGCCUACUGCAUGAAGAAGGUCCUGCAGGAGUAGGAUCUGCUUUGUCUCAAUCCCCCUUCCCACCCUCAAUACAGCUUCUCUGAGCGGGAUAGUUACUUGCCGAGAGCCACGACGGGACAGGUAGAGGAUAUGAAAA